UGAAGGCUAAUCAUGUUUUGGGUGUACUAUUCCUUUAAGUGUGUGGCUGCAGAAGACUGUGUUAAAGAUGACCACCUACAGGUCAGAAACUUUUAGAUAUUUCUCCGCUUUUAGCAUCUUUAACUCCUGCAGAAUUCUUCAAAGCUCCCAAGGCCAUAGCUAAAUGUUUAGUGAACUUAAAGGGAACGUCUGAUCUGGAACAGCUAGAAGAUCCAAAUGCUCUGCUCUCUUUUAAUGCCUCAUGUAACUUCAAGCUUGUGUGAUAAAUUUCAGUGUUGAACAGAUGUGACUGAAGAGUGUGAAUAACAUGCUGAAGGAAAGACUCUGGCUUCCUCCAAAACCACUCAGCCUUCAUUGUUUGAUGACUUUGCUUUGCUAUACUAAUGCUUCAUAGAUAAGAUAGAGAUCGGUCUUAUUUCAGGGUAGGUGGGUGAAGAAGCCAGAAAAUGUCAAUCUCUCUUUUGCUAACUCAUUCACUUGCUUUUCAUUUUCUCUCUGAUCUCUUUCAUUCAUGCUGGCUGAUAUACAUUUCUUUUGCUAUUAAAUAUUACACAGCUCUAUCCUCUAAGUAUCCUUUAUAUUUGAAGGCUUCUUGGUAAAUGUCCUUUUUGUGUUCAGCCUGUUGAGUAAAGAGAAAAAACAGAGCAGCUCAUGUUUGCUGAAGACACGUUGUCCACUGAGAGGACAGAACAGACGUCCAAAACCACCAAAGCAGACACACAGCAUCUGUUAAACAAGCAGUUUCUGAAAGGUUGCAGCGGAUCUCCUCUAACCCGGGGAACUCUGCCUACUGACCUUCUUCUGUCUCUUCUUUCAGAAACCACAGAGCUUGGAUCCAGGAAACGUGACCACAGCAACGGUGGCGUCGCAGCUACGCAGGAGGAGAAGGCGAAGGCCAAAGAUGUGACGCAGUGGAAGGAGAUCAACGCAGUCAUGGCCUUGACCAACUUGGCCCAGGGGAAGGACGGCGUCUCGGGAACAACCAGCUGCAUCAUCCAGAAGUCCUCUCAUAUCGCUGAGGUGAAGACGGUUAAAGUGCCAUUUGUGACGCAGUUUUAGCUGUGACGCUACUAAUCUAUGCAAAGCAGUAAACAUUCCUCUCUCAGUAAACUGAACAGAGACCAGAAAGCCUUCCUGGCAUCAAACAACCGGUGUUGAAAGAGACUGAGCUGGUGGAGAAAAAGAAACAUAUUUUGGACUUUUAUGAAAUUCCUUUUCAUAAAAACAAAACUUUAUUAAUGUUAACUUAUUUUUAUAAAUCUCUUUUUUUAGUAAAGAAAUAGUAUUUUCCAAAGUGCCUUUUUCUUUUUCAGCAGCUCUGUUCUGCGACUGUGAGCAAUGGAACAUAUGAUUACAGAGAUUAGUGCUGGAAUGUUUUGUCGGGUGAGGGCUCUUAGUACAAUUCAGGAUUUGCUCCUUGUAACAUUAUGUACCUUUGGGACGGAGUGAGCUCACUGACACUGCUAAACUCAAACAGCAUGCCUCUGAACGGAUCCUUAGUGGAAGUGCCUCAUGUUCUUAUUUUGACUGGAGUUUCCAUUCUGGCUGUAAACAGAACCCCCUUUUAUCACCGUCAGACUGUGGCUACUGGCACGCGAUCAGCGACUUCUGAAUACAGAGAUAAGCUAAAAGUUUUCUCCACCUCAUCAUCGCAUCCUGACCUUGUUCCAUCAGCCGCUGAAGGAUUCUGCUCUUAUCAAGCCGCGUAGCUCCUGAAAUGUGCACAGCUGGUCAGCUGAACCUAAAGCCACUAUCACCCACACGGCCCGGCGGAUACAUGCAGGGCCACUACUUCGGUAAAUUACUGCUUUGACUCUAAAAGGGAUGUUUUCACUUUACAUUACAAGUCUGCAAUGCAAAUGAUGUUAGCCUUUAACAUGUCUGCACAGAAUAAUAUUGUCUGGUAUAAAGAAACAAACUGAAAGAAAAGCCAACCUUUGCUCCCUCUCUGCCUUUUGAUCCACAGCCUCCCCAGAUGUUCGGCAUUACUUUCAAAUUGCUGUUUACAAGAAGCCUGGGGAUAGGCUUAAAAAUCUAACGUUCUCCUCCAAUGCCUCUUUUUUCCACCCCUGCACUUCAUUACAGUAUUAUUUCUUUGUCAGCCAAGCAAGUGUUGAAAGCAUUUGUUAUGACUGCCUCUAUGUGUCUUAUUUUGUUCUUGAACAAACCGUCUCUGCUGAAUGUGUUGCAUUAAAAUCCUCUCUGUAAUCCAAUGGAAAAAAUCUCUUUUUGAGCAAAAAAAGUAAUUUUUUUUCCUUUUGUAGCAUAUGUUUAACUGUAUGUGGUGAGCUCUGCAAAGCUCAUAGUCAGGAGGGAGAAGUCAUAACCUCUGGAGAAACUGCAGUUGCACCUCUGAGCUGAAUUUAAUUUAAGGUGCUAAUUAUGUGCCUGGAAAUGGAUGUUAAUUGUAUAGUUUUUAUUUACAAAACUCUGACUGUUGUCAUGGUCAAGGACUUUGGUGAAACAGCAAAUCUCCACGUUUACUUGUUGUAUGUCUGUUCAGUGUUUAACAUGAAGUUCAUGGUUUAAAGGGGCGUUUAAACAAAACAGAGAAAAGUAACAGAAAUGAACUUUGGUCAUUUCUGUUAGUAGUUUGGAAUAAGUCACACUUGCCAAACCUCAGGCUGUGUUUGUUUAUGCACUCGGGACGUUGGCCUCCUCCUCCCCGCAUGUGUUUUUCAUCCGCCUGAUCCAGGGCCGGGUAGCUGCGGAGAAGAAUUGGAUCCACACCUUGUGUUUUAGUUUGCAGCUCAGCACCUCUGGACCGCUCAACACCUCACAUACUAGCUGCAUGCUGGGAGGAGGCAAAGGGUAAGGAAAGGUCAGAGACGGCAAGUCUCUGCCCCCCCCCCACAGGAACAUCAUAUGAACAAAUGGGUUCUACAGCCUUGAGUUUGCUACUGUGACAUUUUCCAGCACAAACUGCUUUUAAGCAUGCAGAGAAACAUAUUGUUAUGAUGUAUAAAUUAUUACCUUGACCGAGCAAUGAAAGUCAAUCAUAACUUGUCUUUUAUUGUUAAUUUAUAUAAAUGUAUUUUUUAUUUCUAUUUUGAUAAUGACUGGAUUUCCAAUCCAAUGACCAGAUGUACUGUUUAUCUCCUCGUAUUGUCUCAUUUGCUACGAUGUAAAAAUGUAUUUGAUCAAAUUUUUUACCUGGCGAU